UCACAUAUCAUCAUAUCAUAUAUUUUUUAUAAAAAUUUACAACAUCCUAAAAAUCAAUUUUAAUUUAACAAUGUGUGGUGGUGCUAUUCUCGCUGAUCUCAUCCCUCGUUCUUCUCGCCACCCAAACUCCACCAGUGUUUGGGGCAACUCCUCCGUAUAUGCGUCAUAUAAGCCCAGCAGCCCGUUUGAAUCUGAAUUUACCCACUUUGCCACUAAUGAAACUACUACUCGUAGUGUUCAUAAACGACCUCCUUAUGCUUCAGGGGAUGAUGUGUAUGAAAAAGACCGGAGGGGCAGUAGUAAAAAAAGGAGGCAGAUGAGGAAGAAUCUAUACAGGGGAAUCAGGCAACGUCCAUGGGGGAAAUGGGCGGCUGAGAUUCGUGAUCCCCGGAAAGGCGUGAGGGUCUGGUUGGGCACAUUCAACACAGCUGAAGAAGCCGCCAGAGCUUACGAUAAAGAAGCUCGAAAUAUUCGAGGAACAAAAGCCAAGGUUAACUUCCCUAAUGAAGAAAUUGUACUAAUAGAUUCUUCUAAUAAUUACACCACUAUCAAUCUUGAUCAUAACAGUAACUUCGGGUUUGCUUUUCAUGAUAAUAAUAAUGCUACUCAAGCCAUUGAUUCGGGUUCGGGUUCGGGUGAUGUGACGGAAGUAGCUGAGGAGGUGAAUGAUGAGAUACAGACGCUAUCGGAGGAGCUGAUGGCUUAUGAAUCUUAUAUGAAAUUUUAUGAGAUUCCAUAUCUUCAAGGCCAGGCCGCGGUGGAGACUGCGCCGAUUGUUGUUGACGGUGGUAGUUCGGUGGAGCUUUGGAAUUUCGACGACGAUGGUGUUUUGUAAUAUAUAAAUACUGUAUUUUAGUUAUAUUAAUUUGAAGUAAUUUACUAAUUUAGGUAUUUAAUUGGUGUCUGUUUUUCUGAUUAUAUAUCAUCGAAACAAAAUUGUAAUAUUUGAUUUGGUAUAAAUAAAUAAACAUCUUUUUAUGUCGAAAACA